AUGUUUUCAAUUUCAUCUGAAUUACACUUUAACAUGAAAUUACUUUAUACAGAUUGGUUGGUAUACAUUUUAUGCUUCAUUACUUGUACAGCAUCAUUUAAUCCUAUUGUAUUAAGAGAUAAUACACGUGGAGGAGAGAUUGUAUCCAAAGAUUUUCUGUUGAAUCAUAUUCAUUCAGGUUAUAAAUUAUCAUUACAAUUGUCUAAAGCACGUGAAUACUUUAAUUUAAGUGAAAAUUAUCAGUUGAUUACAUCACGUACAAUUGAUCGUGAUAAAUUAUGUUUGGAGUCUAGAUUGUGUUGUCCAUCUGAAGGAUCUGUAACAACAAUAACUACAACUGCUACUACUACUAGUAGUACUAGCAGUAGUAGUAGUACAACUGGUGUCAACUCUAUGGAUUAUUCAUUUAUUCCUCAGUUACAUCCAUCUGGUAAUAGUUUACAUACAUCAUCCUACUCUCCAAAUGUAUGCUCUAUUCAAGCUUUAAACACUCCAAUGUGUACAUUUAACUUAACUAUAUCAAUUAGUACAUCUCCAGCAGAUGUUCCUGAUACACAUCAUAUACCAAUUAUAAUUUGUGAUGAAAAUGAUCAUGUACCACAGUUUAAACCUCCUAAAGAUCAUUUGAAAUUUCCAUCAGGACAAAUUUAUCUUACAGAAUCUCAUAUUGAACAACCGGUUAUUAUUGUAAAAAAUUUAUCAGAAGCUUCUCCAAUUGGAAGUCGGAUAGUUUUACCAUUAGCUGAAGAUUUUGAUUCAUCACCAUUCAAUGUACAACGUUAUGAAUUAGAAUAUUUUAAUCAUUCACUUAUAAAUAAAUAUGAUAUAACAAUUUUUCAAUUGAAUUAUACACAAAAUUAUAUAACUAGUCAUCCAAAUUAUUUAUUUCUACAUUCAAUUGAUCCAUUAUCAUCAUCAUCAACAAUAAAUUCACGUGUAGAAAGUUAUAUUACAAAACUUGAACUAAUUCUAUUGAAACCAUUGAAUCGUGAAGAGAAAGAUGAAUAUAAAUUUAAAAUUUUAGCAAUUGAUGGCGGUCAACCAAAACAAACUGGUUCAAUGUAUUUAAUUAUUCAUGUAUUAGACAUUAAUGAUCAUCCUCCAGUAUUUAAUCAAUCUAUUUAUGAAAUAUACAUUAAUGAAGGAAGUGUAAAUAAAACUAUUUUACAAUUAAAUGCUACAGAUAAUGAUAUAAAUGAAAAUGCUGUUAUAAAUUAUAAAUUUACAAAAGGAUCUGAAUGGAUUACUUCAUCAUCAUCAUCAUCAUUACAUUAUAUGAAUAAAGAAGUGAAAAAUUUUGAUCAUUAUUCACCAGAUUAUUGGUUCCAUUUAAACAGUUCAACUGGACAAUUAACAAUUCAUCGACCAUUGGAUUAUGAAACAAAAUCACAGCAUAUCUUUGAAGUAUUAGCUUAUAAUCCAUUAGUGACAAAUCAUCAUAUUCCAUCAGAAAUAAGUCAUUCAUCAAUGACAGCAACAGCUAAAAUUAUUGUCAAGGUGGUUAAUGAAUACGAUGAGCCUCCAUUCAUUCAAAUUGAUUAUACCAAUGAAAAUAAUGAACAAUUUAAACGUGUUACAGAAAAUUCGAUGGAUUUAUAUUUCAUUGCAUUUAUCAUAGCAACAGAUCCAGAUAAUAAUAAUAAUAAUAAUAAUAAUAAUGAUAAUAGUGAAUAUCCUUCAUCAUCUUUCAUGAAUAAUUUCUUAUCAAGAACUUCAAUUAUUUCAUGUAAAUUAGAGACAUAUAAAGAAUAUUAUAGUUUAAUUGAAUCAGACAAUUAUGAAUCUGUUAGAGUUAAUGAAGUGAGAUAUGCAUUACGAACAGUGAAGUCAUUAGAUCGUGAAUUAGGUGAUGAGAAUAGAAUUAUAAUUACUUGUAUAGAUUCUGAUGUACCACCGAAAACAUCGACUGCUACAGCUAUAGUGAAAAUAUAUGAUGAAAAUGAUUGUAUCCCAGAGAUUCAUGUGUCUACAGUUAAUUUGAAGAGUACUAAUUAUCCAGAUGAAUCUCCGGUUUAUCAGUUAUCACAGUAUACACCAGUACGGCCAUGGUCUAUGAAGAAAUUGAAUCAUUUAAUCGAUACCAGUGAUGAGAAUCAGCAUAGUGUUUAUAAUUCACCAAUAUUUUCAGCCUUUCUAGCUAAUAUUCCUGUAUAUAGCGUAUAUAUAGGUGAAAAUAAACCAUCGAAUACAUUAGUGGCUUAUAUAAAUGCUACAGAUUAUGAUUCUGGUGAAAAUGGUCGUGUCACUUUUGAAAUGCUUCACUCUUAUACAUUUACCAAUAUCUCUUCAAGAUUAAGAUCUUCUACAGAACUACAACAGCUUCUACUCAAGCAUAAUAAUAGUAUUACUAUUUAUAAUAAUGAUUUAAUUGAAUUACAUACUAAACAAGAAGCAUUCAACUUAUUCCAGUUGAAUACAACACAUGGUUAUCUGACAACUCGUCGAUCAAUUGAUCGUGAAGAAGACUAUUCAAUAAUUGAUGAAGUUUUUAUUCUAAUCAAAGCAGUAGAUCAUGGAGAUAUACAUCAAUUAUCAUCAUUUAUUUUACUUCAGAUAAUUAUUAUCGAUGAAAAUGAUAAUCCUCCAAGAAUUAUGAGUACAGGACCGAUAUUUAAUAUUGAAGAGAAUCAACCAGCUGGUACUAAAAUUGGUGAAAUCUAUGUAAUUGAUCCUGAUGUAUAUUCUCUUGGACAACUUGAUGAAUUAUAUCGUUCUGGGAUACUUGAUAAACAAGAUGAUCAUCUUGCUCAAUUUUAUUAUUUAUUAGGAACAAAAUUAUCAGCUAUUCCAAAGUCUUUAAAACAACAACAACAACAACAACAACACAACAAAGGAAUACAUGUUCGUAUUGAUCCAGGGCAUGGAAGAAGAGAUUUACCGUUUAUAUUACAUGAAAAUACUAAUGGACAGUACUUCUUGAAUACAACACGUCCAUUAGAUCGUGAAACAGAAGAAGCCUUUCAAUUCAAUAUUAUUGCUACAGAUAAUGAAUUAGUAAAAAAUAAUUAUUAUCCAAUUGAAAGUAGAAUAGAUCAUCUACAUCGUCAUGGUUAUACAACUUCUUUAUCAGUUACCGUCAAUGUUAUCGAUUUAAAUGAUAAUAAACCAGAGAUAAUAUUUCCUAAUCCAAUCACAUCAAAUUCUACAAUACAUCGUUUAUCAUAUCAUGUAUAUCCUGGUUAUGAAAUAAUUAGUAUUAAUGCAAAUGAUCGUGAUACUGAUCAACUUAAUGGGAAAUAUCAUUUUGAAUUAAUGAAUAAUAAUAAUAAUAAUAAUAAUAUAAUGAAAAGUAAUGAUAUAUUUACAAUUGAUCGAAUUACUGAUGAUUUAGGUGAAUAUCAAAUCGAUGUAAUUGUACGUGAUGAAGGUGAACCAUCAUUAGAAACACAAUUAUCAUUACGUUUAUUAAUUGAUCAUUCUGAUAAUCAAAGAUUAUAUGAUAUGAAAGAUAGAAAUUAUCAAUUAGAUGAAAUUUUAUCUUCUAAUGAAAAACAUAAUCAUAAUAAUGAAGUAUACAUGGAAAGUACUUCUUCAAUAUUAUUCAAAAGUGAACGAUUUAUUGGAUCUAGUUUUAUUCUCUUUAUUAUUAUCAUAUCAACACUAGUGUUUAUUAUGAUUAUAUUAGGUUUAUGCAUUUAUUUACGUCAUACAUAUAAUAUUGUUAAUUUUCUUCAAGAUAUCUAUAAGAAAUAUUUUUGUUGUACUAAUAAAUGUAUUCUGUUAAAACAUCGUAAUCAAUCAAGACUAGACUCAAAUAGUAAUGAGAAACCAUAUUUAAAAAAUUUACUUAAUCCUAUUGUUGAUAUUAAUCAUAAUUAUACAACAUCAACAACAUCAAUAAUGACAACAACAACAACAUCAACAUAUAAACAUACAGAGAAUAUGAAUCAUCUUGAUUAUCGAAUAUCAUCAACAGAUUUAAUAAAAUAUAAUAAAAAUGAUUUAAAGUUAGGCUAUUUAACAUCAUUUCAUCCAAUAUGUUGUAAUAGUGAUUUGAAUGAACAUUAUCCUUGUCAACAAAGUCAACAACAUCAUCUUAUUAUGAAUAGUAAUAAAGAUCAUAACACAUUUAUAGAUUCUCAACUAUCAAAUAUCUUUGUUACUUCCAAUGGUGGUGUUGAUAAUCUACUUCCAUUAUCUCAUUCAAAUUAUGAAUCCGGUCAUUUAAAUCAUUUGCCGCCUAUUCAACACAAUACUACUACUACUACUACUACUAGUAGUAGUAGCAGUACUACUACUACUAAUAAUAAUUGUAGAAAUUGGUCAAGAAAUCCAUUGACUGUGAACAUACCAAAUAAUGUAUUUCAUGAAAAUGAUACUUUGCAUAGUGGAUAUCAUCAAUUUAUGCCAAUUUCUGUUGGUGCAGGAGGCCAUAUUCAAAGUAGGCUAGAUGGAUAUCAAGGCUAUGAACCAGGUAAUGGAAUGUUACAUACCUACAAUGUUGGUGAUCAUAGACCCCAACAACAACAACAACAGCAACUACAGCAACAGGUUGAUCCUUCUAAUGCGAGUAUCAGUUAUUUUAAUGAAUAUAAUGGUGGAGUAUCAGGUGGGCAUUUUAUUCCACGGAAUGUUUGGGAUGCAUCUAAAUUUGGAUUUCGUCCAAUCAAAGAUACAGUCAGCUCCUAUCAGCAGACUAUCUCUAUGAUGGAGAAUAGUACUCCAGAUCGCUAUAUUAAAUCUUCACUUCAAUCAAAUUAUCGAACUAAUAAUUUAAGAGCGAUUUCAGAUUCUGAACAACAACAACAACAAUACAUUAUCGGAGACAAUAAUAAAUGUUGUUAUCCAAGAUAUACACCAAAUUUAAGUGUAUGGAAAUCUGAUCCAUCAUUAAAUCAAAGUAUGCAUGAUUUAAUUGCUAGAAAUUAUAAUAAAGAUGAUUAUGGACAAAUAAUCAUUGAAGGAAUAAAUUACUAUACAAAAAUUGGUUCUACUUUGGAUGAAAUAAAUAUGAUACCAAAAUACAGUACAAAUUUAAAACGUUCCAAGUCAACUAGAUAUACUAUUGAUAAUGAUUUGAGUAGUACAAAAAAUCAACAGAAAAAUCCAAUGCUAAUCUAUUCCACCGUAAUUGAAGAAGCCAAUAACAAUAUUAAUAAAAUAAUUGACAGAAGUCAACCUAGUUGUAAACAACCAUUUCUGACAACAAUUCAUUCAUCUAUAGAUAAUAAAGACAAGAAUGUUAUGACUAACACCAUCAACAGUAAUGAUGAUGAUGAUGAUGAUGAUGAUGAUGAUGAUAAUAAUAAUAAUAAUAAUAAUAAUAAUAAUAAUAAUAAUAAUCGAAAUGUUAAUAAAAAUAAUCCAAUUCAAAAUUAUGCUGUUUCAUUCCCAACUGUACAAGCUAGUUUUGUUUAG